CCAAGCUUGCCAUGGUGCUUCAUGAUGGAGCAGCCCAUCAGUGUGCCACCCAGCACCAACAGCAAAGAGUACCAGGGCUGGAGGGCUUUGUGGCAGCCAUUUCCCAUUUUAACUUCAAUAAGCAGCAACCUGGCAGGGACACUGGCCUUGAUGGGCAAUGUGAUUCUUUGGAAGCUAAGCAACACAGCCAUGUUGGCCAGCUGUGCCAUCUACCACAUCCUCCGGGAGGCUGCUCUGCCUCCCACCAUCAUCCAGUUUGUGCCAGCUGACGUGCCCACAUUUGGGGACACUAUUACCAGCUCAGUGUACCUCUGCAACAUCAACUUAAUAGGCAGUGUGCCCACCUUUAAAAACCUGUGGAAGCAGAUAGCCCGGAAACUGGAUCGCUUUUGCACCUUUCCUGGCCUGGCCAGAGAGUGCACUUGGAAGAACUUCCACUUUGUGCACCGUUCAGCAGACAUGGACAGUGUGGUGGCGGGACCCUAUGCUCAGCCUUGAGUACAGUGGCCAGAAGUGCUCAGCCUGCUCCCACCUCUAC